AUGACUGAUAUGUUCAUCCUACAUUACAGUACUGACUCCACUCAUCACUCCUUCCACAGCCGCUAACUCACUCAUGGCUGAAUCAAGUACCAACCCCCUCCCUCUCCAAGACAGAGUCGCGGUUGUCACCGGCGCCUCUCGCGGCAUUGGCCGUGCUAUUGCCCUCCAUUUGGCUUCUCUCGGCGCCAAACUCCUCAUCAACUACGCCUCCAACUCCGCUCAAGCCCUUUCUGUUGCCGCCCAAAUUAACACCCCCUCCGCUCUCCGCGCCGUCACCUUCCAAGCCGAUAUCUCACACCCCGACCAGGUCAAAUCCCUCUUCGACGCCGCAGAGUCCGCCUUCAACUCUCCUGUUCACAUCCUUGUCAACUCAGCCGGAAUACUAGACCCCAAGUAUCCCACGCUUGCUGAUACUACCCUCGAAGAUUUCGACCGCACCUUCAGCGUCAACGUGCGAGGCGCCUUCUUGUGCUGCAGAGAAGCCGCCAAUAGGAUCAAGCGCGGUGGAGGAGGAAGGAUCAUAUGCUUGACGACGUCACUGGUGGCAGCAUUUAGGCCGGGAUACGGGGCGUACACAGCGUCAAAGGCGGCGGUGGAGGCGAUGGUGAAGAUACUAGCGAAGGAGCUGAAGGGAACGGGGAUAACUGCGAAUGGGGUGGCACCAGGGGCGGUGGCGACGGAGAUGUUUUACGCGGGGAAGACGGAGGAGAUGGUGAAACAGGCGGUGGAGGUGUGUCCGAUGGGGCGGCUGGGGGAGACGGAUGAUGUGACCCCGGUGGUGGGGUUUCUAGCGAGUGAUGCGGGUGAGUGGGUGAACGGGCAGAUUAUUCGGGUGAAUGGGGGAUACGUAUAAAACGUUACCUCUACUCAUCAGCUUGCUCUUGCUAGAGAAAGAAUGGGUGUAAUUCCAAAUUAUGUUCCUUAAUUGGAGUUGUAAUACAAUGCGUGAAGUAAUUUAAUACAAACAUGAUCGUUGUUUAAAGAA